GAAAGUGAUAAUUGUUGGUGGGAUGCUUUUGCUACAGAAUUCUUCGAAGAUGAUGCAUCAUUAACGCUAACAUUCUGUUUGGAAGAUGGCCCAAAACGAUAUACAAUUGGACGAACAUUGAUUCCCCGGUAUUUCCGUAGUAUAUUUGAUGGUGGUGUUUCAGAAUUAUAUUUUCAUUUGAAAUUAGCGAAGGAAUCAUUUCAUAAUCCUACAAUAACACUAGACUGUGACCAAUGCACAAUGGUAACACAUCAUACGGUCAAGCCUAUGUUUACAAAGGUUUGCACAGAAGGUCGAUUAUUAUUAGAGUUUGUGUAUGAUGAUUAUAUGCGAAUCAAAUCUUGGCAUAUGGCUGUACGAAAUCACCGUGAAUUGAUACCAAAAUCUGUUGUUGGAAUGCAUGCGCAUUCCCCACAACCGGAUCCAAAUAUGCUGGAUCAAAUGUCCAAGAACAUAACACGGCAGGGUAUCACGAGCUCAACAUUAAAUUACCUACGCCUGUGUGUUAUACUUGAGCCAAUGCAAGAACUUAUGUCCAGGCAUAAGGCAUAUUCAUUGAAUCCACGAGACUGUCUGAAAACUACUCUGUUUCAAAAAUGGCAGCGAAUGGUCGCUCCGCCGGGUAAGCGAGAUGCACAAAGACCACCAAAUAAGCGUCGAAAAAGAAAAGGUUCGAAUUCAGGAAGUGGUGCGAACAGUGCUCCACCUGUACCCAGCAAGAAGCGAUCUCCUGGUCCAAAUUUUAGUCUAGCUUCUCAGGAUGUGAUGGUUGUUGGAGAACCUUCCCUCAUGGGUGGAGAGUUCGGAGAUGAAGAUGAACGUCUGAUAACGCGUUUGGAGAACACGCAAUACGACUCAACUAAUUUGGAUCAUGAUAAUCAUGGCGGAUUUGGACAUGCAGAUUCGCCUAUUACCGGAGGACCAAAUUCAUGGAACGUCGAUCGAAGCGGUAAUCCACAAGGCACAACACCUUCCAGUCAAGACUCCGAGAAGAAAAGUCCCGCUGUUUCUCAGUGACGCAUCACGCGAUGAGACCUCACCGGCUUGACUCGCUCCGGUUGCAGUUUAACUUUUUUCUAGACUUAAUUUUUUUCAAAUAGUUUAGAAUCUUAGAGUUAAAUAUACGUCUAAACAAACAAGAAUGGAUUAUGAAAAUAUAGAGUAAAUCAAUUGAAAAUUCAAUUUAUUAUGAUGACUAAAAUGUGAAAUCACUCAAACAUCGUGUAAAAUUAAAUAAUGUCCUAAGAUUGAAAACACAAAUCACAACAUAAAACGUCAUGGUUGUUUGUCAACAAAAAGGAUUUUAAGAUGCAUAAUUUUAUUUCAGACAUUUGUAGAAAGAAAAGGUUUUAGCUUAAGUAAUAUUAAUUAAGUAAUGAUAAAAUUGGAAACAUUUUAAUAUUAGGCCGAUAUGACAAAUGGUAAUCGCAAUAAAUUAAGUUGCGUUUGGAACACAAAA